GGGACUUUUAUUUUGGUUUCGCGAUGUGACGUCAUAAGGCUGCGCCGCGCUCCUGCGUCUGAGAUUCGGCUGAAGAAAAGAUGGCGUUCAUUAAAGAGGAGAGUGAAGAAAUGCAGAUCGAAGACACUUUCAAAGUAAAACAAGAAGAUACUGAAGAACAAAUAGAAAUGGUGUUUAUUAAAGAAGAGAGUGAAGAAAUUAAGAUUGAAGAAACAUUCAAACAUGAAGAUACUGAGGAACAAACAGGUGAAUUGCUGGGAAUAGAGUACCUUUACAGCCAGAUUGGCAAAAAUCUGACUCCAGUACCUCAGAAACCAGAGGAGGAAGACAGGCUGGUGGAGGAAGUUGAUGACCAGGACCUGCAAGAUGAGGGGUUUAAGGAAGGGUGUCAAGGACAAGGUGGUGGACAAGGACAGCAUCUUGCACCUGCCCCUUCAGUGCUGUCACAGCCAUUUGACACUGGAAGCAGUCUCUCCAAUGAGGCUCAGGGAGCAGUCAUUGGACCUGAUAACAUUGCUUGGUGGGACAUGGUCCAGGAUCUGGCUGGUUACCUGGUGGGUCUUCGUGAGGCUCCCUACCUCACUGACCUGCAGGUGACAGAGGCCAUCCAGCUCUGGACCGCUCUCCCUCAUAUUGAUAAAGAGCAGGUAAACUAUCAGCCUCGGCUGACACAUGGGAACUUAAAGGCACCCAAGCCGUCCGGAGUCACACCGGGUGUAGAGAGUGUGAAACGGUGUCUGAUUGGACAUCCUGGGAGUCCAGCACUGUUGCAAAGCACCAUCCGCUUGGUUGAGGCCAUUUGUAUGAAGCUGUGUGCUUUACACAAGUCGCCGACCAAGAAGGCUGGAGUUUGCACCCCCAGGUGGUCUAAAAUCCUCUCGGAUUACCUCCACAACCGAGAGCUGGUGCUUAACAGUCGCAGGUUGAUGGAUGAAACAACGCUCCAGCUGUUUGAGCUAAAUCAGAGGACACUCAUUCAGUGGUUUCAACAGCGGCAGAAGAAUCAGGAAAUGAGUGUCCUCACUCAGGUACUUAAUCUACCUGAACUAAUUGAUGUGGCUGAUAUGCAGCUUCCUCCGUCAAGGGAAAAAAUUGAUGAAACUUCAUCGACAUCAGGCCCAAAACAUCAAUUUAUCCUUCCGACAAAUCGAGAAUGGCAGGCUCCUCUUCUGCGACCAGGUCGACAGCCCACUGCUAUCGCACCUGCCCUAACAGCAUCAGGAGUUUUGCAGCCCAUUUCAGCACCUGGGUCAUUGUUAGGCACACUAGUCCUUAACCCAGACAUGACUGUAUCAAUGGUUAUUCCAUCUUUUGGUGCUUCAAGAUUCAAUGCAGGCCCAGUUCCGCCUGCUCCAGCAUCUGCUGCUCCUGUGUCCCGUUACACACAGAGGAACAGGCGCCGGCGGGCCCUGGAGAGGGAAAGUGGAGUCUAUAAGAGGAAGUAUGUGCGAGGGGUUACUUUUAACAUGUGCAGCAAAUGUGGGCAGCCCAAAACUAAAGAGUUUGGCCACAGCCGAUAUGGUAACGCCACAUUUUGCUUGCAUGCCUCAAAUGGCAAAUCUUUAGAUGACUGGUUGGCAGAACAGCGCAGGCAAAAUAAAUGCCAAACUCCACUUCCUCAAUAAAUAAUAUCUUUCUUGUAUGCAUUUUGUAUAUAUAACAUGGACCCACUCUUUCCUAUUGUCCUCUCUCUCUCUACACAUAUAUACAAUGUACAUGUGUGUGUACUUAUUUCAAUAUGUGGUAUUCAUUUUAAUAAAACAUUUUACAUUUGAAGUGUC